GUACUAAUCAAUUACCAAAAUAUUUGUCAGAAUUUGUACAUAAUUUUUGAAUUUAUUGUCUAUUUCGUUUAUUGAAAUAUUCAUAUCAUCAUAGUGGGUCUUGCUUUUCUAGUUAUGUCAUAUCUGACAUUUUUGUAACAGAAAGUUUGUGUGGCUUCUAGUGGUCUCCAUAAGAAUCCAGUAUGAACAAAAAUCCAAUCAGCGUUUUGCAAGAACUUGCAAUGCGUGACAAAGAAUUUCCUCCGGAAUAUCUGAUUAUUUCAGUGGGCACGCCACAGAUGCCUCAAUUUGAGUGCAUUGUUAAAUAUGCAGCAGAAAGGGCAAACGCCACUGGUCUUAAUAAGAAGGAAGCAAAAUAUCAAGCAGCCAGUAAAUUAUUGCAGCAAAUGGCUCUAAAAAAGACUGUACCUCUGGAAGAGGAGAAGAACGAAUCCGCACGUAACAAUGAAGAAAACAAUUACAUCGGUAAAUUAAAUAAUCUUGCUAGCCAACAGAACUACCAAUUGCCAAUAUAUAAAGAGCAGCCCUCCAGAAGUAACGAAUUUGUAAUGGGUUGUGAAUUUUUGACUCACAGCACAGUGGGUUACGGAAAGACCAAAAAGUUGGCAAAACACCAUUCCGCAGAAUUAAUGUGGGAUAUUGUCAAUAAGGGUGCUGACGCCCCAAAGAAACCAGUUCCUAACGUAGAUCUGGAGGAAGAUUGUGACUUUUUAACUUUACAUCCAGAAAAUUAUGAAUUAGAUCUUGAUUUCGAUCUAGAAUACAACGAACCGUUUAAUGAUUUAAGACACCAUUGGCGAUAUUUAGAUUCCGAAGAUGAUUCUGAUAAGCAUAUAGAUACUGCAGCCAUUGCUAGUGCUGCCAAGAGACUAAAAUUUCCUGAACAUAAUGAACAGUCAGAAGAUGACAAGUAUUAAAGAAUUUGUUUCUUGCAAAUUAAUUCCAAUUGAUUGUUCCCCAUGUUUGGAAAUAGGAUAUUAAUUGUAUUAUUAUUUUGUUAAUUUGUUCAUAAUAGUUCAUUAUUUGUCAUUCAUAUAUAGGUCUGUCUGUCAAAAGAAACAUCCAAUGAAAAUUUAUUGAUUAAUAUUGAUUUUCAAUUGUACAAUCUUAGCAAUAAUACAUCAAAAUCAUCAAAAUUUUUUAAUACUUCCUAU